ACAUAAUAGCCUUGGUCCCCUACAUAUACACGUUCUUAUUUUACAUCAUAGUUUACAAUACUAAAAUUUAGGUGUAUAACUACAUCUAAAACUGAUUAAAUAUCAAAAAUAAAUACUAAAAAUUUCUGAAAUUACCUUUUCAUGCAGUAUUAUUGUGAUCAAAAUAAUAAUAUUGAGUAUUACAUCAUUUUUACCUCACUUAGUACCGACAAUUUACGGCAAUCCAAUUUGUUCGCUCCUUUUGCGGCUGGCCGUCUUCCCCGUGACGUGUGCUCCACGCCUCACUCCCUUAUUUUCUAUAUUUUUGCCAUCUCGCAAGCAACUAAAAUGCAGUUUGGCGACCUGAAAUCUGAGGCUGGUCUGAAGAAGCUAAAUGACUAUCUUGCAGACAAGAGUUACAUCGAGGGAUACGGCCCGUCGAAGGCCGACACCGUCACCUUCGAGGCGCUGAAGGGCGCGCCGCCCACCGGUCUGCCGCACGCGCUGCGCUGGUACACCCAGAUCAGCUCGUACGGCAACGAGCGCUCCAAGUUCCCGGGCAGCGCGCCGUCGGCCGCCGCCGCCGCCGAUGACGAUGACGACGUGGACCUGUUCGGCUCGGACGACGAGGAUGAGGCCGAGAAGGAGCGCGUCAAGGCCGAGCGGGUGGCCGCCUACGCCGCCAAAAAGGCCAAGAAGGCCGCCAUCAUCGCCAAGUCGUCCGUCCUGCUCGACGUCAAGCCCUGGGACGACGAGACCGACAUGAAAGCCCUCGAGGCGGAGGUCCGCAAAAUCGAGAUGGACGGCCUCGUCUGGGGAGCAGGCAAGCUGGUGCCGCUGGCGUUCGGCAUCAAGAAGCUGACCAUCAUGUGCACCGUGGAGGACGACAAGGUCUCCAUCGAGGAGCUGACCGAGAAGAUCGAGGCCAACGAGGACUUUGUCCAGUCGGUGGACAUCGCUGCCUUCAACAAGAUCUAGCUGCCGCCACCGACCUCCGGCCCAGCCGUGGCCGAGUCAGCCAUUGGUCCGCACUGUUUUGAAAAUAUACUACUGUUCUGUCAAAAUAUACGCCUAUUUUACAGUG